AUGGCGGCUCUUCAGAACGGCGCCGCCAAUGGCACGGCGAACGGAGAUGCCUUGAAAGCCCCUGCCAGCGUCCGAUUCUCCGACAUUCCCUCCGCCAUCGACAUCCCCGUCCAGGGCGACCAGGAAGACGAAGCGGUCGAGAUCGAUCUCGAGGACCUUGUCGACGAUCCCACCGAGCUGUGUACCCUGUUCGAGAACGAACAUGCGGCAAAGACGUACUGGAUGACUGUCGCGCUGGCGUAUGCCAAGCAGCACAAGAUUGACCACGCCAUCGAGAUGCUGAUCCGGGGUGGCAACGCAAUCCAGAGCAGCAACCCGCGCGAUAAGGUCAGCAUGAUAUGCUGUCUCUGCUGGAUGUACCUGUGGAAGAGCCGAGAAGCGCCUCGCGUGGCGCCGGACGGCGUUCCUGCGACAGAAGCCAAGACGAAAGAAUACUAUCUCCAGCUUGCAACGUCAUCCCUGAAUGACGCUGCUCGCCUCAACCCAUCCUUCCCGCCCAUCUUCCUCGCCCGAGGAGUCCUGCUCCUGCUCAGAGCCUCACUACAAGGACCGUCGAAGACUGCUGGGGGCCUGGGGACCGAGAAGAGCGAGCUGCUGAAGAAUGCCGCCAAGGCCUUCGAUGAUGCUCUCCGAGUCUCUCAGGGCAAGAACUUGCUGGCCCUGAUGGGCAAGGCCCGCACUCUGUUUUCCAUGCACAAGUACCCCGAGGCCCUGGCUGCAUAUCAAGAUGUGCUUCAGAAGAGGCCUGAUCUGGUGGACCCCGAUCCUCGUAUUGGCAUUGGCUGCUGCUUCUGGCAGCUUGGUUUCAAGGAGGAUGCCAAAGUGGCGUGGGAGAGAUGUCUGGAAAUCAACCCCGACUCAAAAAUCGCAAACAUCCUCCUCGGCCUGUACUACCUCGAUGCCAGCGGCCACGUUCCGGUCAACAGCGACGAGUUCCUCAAGCUUUACAAGACGGCCAUGAUCGAAUAUACCCAGAAGGCCUUCAAGCUCGAUAAGGAGGUCCCCAUCACUUGUGUUACCUUUGCAAGCUACUUCCUCUCUCGGAAAGCAUGGGAUAAUGCAGACAAACUGGCCCACAAAGCCAUCCAGUAUACGGAUGUCAACGCCGUUGCCAGUGACGGAUGGUACCUGCUAGCCCGAAAGGCUCACUAUAACGGCGACUUGGAGCGUGCCAGCGACUACUAUCGCCGCGCUGACGAUGCUCGCGGAGGCACCGAGACUGGCUAUCUCCCAGCCAAAUUUGGCGUUGCCCAGCUGUCCGUCAUAAAGAAUGACCUGGGAGAGGCGAAACUGAGACUGGAAAAGAUCAUUCAGCAAUCCAAGAACCACGAGGCCAUGAUUCUCCUCGGAACCAUCUACGCAGAGGAAAUCUUCACCAGCCAGAACAACGACAACAAGGAGGACAGAUCCGCCGAAAUGAAGAAGGCGAUUGCUCUGCUAGAGGGUGUCAGAAAUUCGUGGAAGGAUCCCAAGAAAGCACUGUCACCGGACGCUUCCGUGCUCCUAAACCUGGCCCGGCUCUACGAAACGGACAGCCCCGACAAGGCACUGCAGUGUCUGCAGCAGGUUGAGCAGCUCGAGAUCGAACAGAUCCCAGAGUCAGAGCGCCCCACGGAUGUACCCGAGGCCGAGGUCCAGGCAGCCCUUCGCAAGUUCCUCCCACCUCAACUUCUAAACAACGUUGGGUGCUUCCACUUCCAAGCCGAGAAGUACGAGCUCGCUAGUGAGAUGUUUGAAGCAGCUCUGGGUGCCUGCAUGAGAGCUGGCGAGAAGGAUCCUACAAUGGACACCGACGCCCUGGUGACGACCAUCAGCUUCAACCUCGGACGAAGUUACGAGGCUCGUGGGCUCACGGACAAGGCUGUCGAGGUUUAUGAGGGCUUGCUCAACCGCCACGACGACUACACCGAUGCCCGCACACGGCUGGCGUACAUCAAGCUCCGGAAGAACCCCAACAAGGAAGGGCCUGAUGCCGUGGCAAAGCUGUACCAAGAAAACACGGCCGAUUUGGAAGUCCGAGCCCUCUACGGAUGGUAUCUUGGCAAGGUCCACUCUCGAAAGCGCCCUGCCAACAUUGCAGAGGACCAUGAAUUCCGUCACUACAAGCAUACAUUACAAAACUACGACAAGCACGACAGGUACGCCUUGGUUGGGAUGGGUAACUUGUAUCUCGUGCAGGCCAGAGAAAUGCGCCGUGAAACCGAGCAGGAAAAGCAGAAGAGAAGCGCCACGUAUUCCAAGGCUGUUGAGUUCUUCGAGAAAGCUCUGUCACUCGACCCAAAGAACGCAUAUGCUGCUCAGGGCAUUGCCAUCGCUCUCGUCGAGGACAAGAGAGAUUACAAAACCGCCCUUACCAUCUUCAACCAAGUCAAGGACACAGUCAAGGAUGCUCACCUGUAUGUGAACUUGGGACACAUCUACGCCGAGCUGAAGCAGUUCUCCAAGGCCAUUGAGCACUAUGAGAUUGCUCUGUCCAAGGAGGGCAAAGCAAAUGACCCGGUCAUUCUUUCAUGUCUCGGCCGCACGUGGUUAAACCGAGGGAGGGCAGAUCGGGAUGUCGACUCUUACAUCAAAGCCCUCGAAUGCGCCAAGAAGGCACUUGAGGUGGCUCCGGAUCAGAUACACUAUCAGUUCAACGUUGCCUUUGUUCAGAUCCAGCUCGUGACAAUGAUUCAGGCCCUUCCCGAAAACAGGCGGACGGCUGAACAACUGGAAGAUGCAUCUCAAGGCCUCGAAGCAGCCAUUGAGUCUCUUGACAAGAUUGCUGCCCAUCCCCAAACGCCGUAUCCCAAGCAUGACGUUGAGCAGCGUGCCAACAUGGCCCGCAACACGCUCCGCAAGCAACUUGAGAGAGCUCUCAGCAAGCAGAAGGAAUGGGAGGAGAAGAAUAAGGAGAAGAUCCUGGCCGCCAAGGAGCUGCGCGAGGCUGAGAUGAGGAGACGCGAAGAAGAGAGACGAGCCGUGCUGGAAAAGGAGCGCGAGCGCCAAGAAAAGAUUCGGAAGGAACGCGAGGCAAUCGCCGCCCGCGAUAGGCUUCUCGCAGAGCAACGAGCCGAGGAGGAGCGCGCGCGCCUGGAAGCCGAGAUGACGACGGACGAAGAGACUGGCGAAAAGGUCAGGCGGAAGCGUAAGCCAGCGCCACGCGCCCCAGCCGGCGAGGGCAAGCCCAAGCGGUCCAAGAAGAAGAAGGCCGCUGCGGACGAGGACGAGGGCUCAGAGGAGGAGAGCCACACCAAGAAGAGGCGCCGCCUCACGAAGCGGGAGUCCUCCAAGUUCAAGUCCGCCGAGAUUGUGGUUGAUUCCGACGAGGAAGCCAAUGACGACGACGAGGACGCUCUGGAGCGUGCCGAGCGAAACCUGGAGAGAGACGAGACGCCCCUAUCCGAGGCCAACGAGGACGUUGCCGACAAGAUGGAUGACGACGACGACGACGACGACGUCGAUGCUCCCCGGACUCAGCCCAAGAGAACUCGCAGGGGCCGUGUGAUUGCGGAGAGCGAUGACGAGGAUGAAGGUGCGGAGCCCAGUGCAAAGGCGGAUGAUGGCGCUGCGGCGGGGGACGAGGAUGACGAGUGA